UUUCAUUUUCGCGUUGAAUUAAAAUACCAAAUUCUUAUUCUCUCGCCGUCGUCUUCCUCUCCCGCUCUUUUUUUCUUCUGCAUUUACCUGAUUUGCCUCACUAAUCCCACCUCAUGAUCAAGCUUCAAUACCCAAAGUUUUAAGGGUUUCAAUCUUCUUCUGUUUUGUCGUGUUUAUGGCCCACUCUGACUUAUUGAAUUUGCUAUUCGCGGUGGGUGUUUGGUGUUCUGCAUAUAUUGUUGUUGCAGUGAUUGCAUCAUUGCGGAUCAUCUCCUGUCUUUGUCUGGAUUAAACUUGUGAGACAACUUGAAAGCCGCCAUGGGAUAUGCACAGCUAGUUAUUGGUCCUGCCGGCAGCGGAAAGUCAACUUACUGCUCUAGCUUGUACCAACACUGUGAGACAGUUGGUCGAACUAUGCACGUUGUGAAUCUUGACCCUGCUGCUGAAAAUUUUGACUAUCCUGUAGCCAUGGAUAUAAGGGAGCUUAUUUCAUUGGAGGAUGUCAUGGAGGAGCUUGGACUUGGUCCAAAUGGUGGCCUUUUAUACUGCAUGGAACAUCUUGAAGAAAAUCUAGAUGAUUGGUUGACAGAAGAAUUGGACAAUUACAUGGAUGAUGAUUAUUUAGUUUUUGACUGCCCAGGUCAGAUAGAGCUCUUUUCCCAUGUUCCGGUUCUUAAGAACUUUGUGGAGCAUUUACAGAGAAAGAAUUUCAAUGUUUGUGCUGUGUAUUUGCUGGAUUCUCAGAAAUGCUGUGGUCUAUUCCUUACAGGUAUAGUGACAGAUUGCCCCAUUUAUCAGUUUAUGACAGACAUCACAAAGUUUAUUAGUGGUUGUAUGGCAUCUCUUUCAGCAAUGGUCCAACUUGAAUUACCGCAUAUUAACAUCCUCUCCAAAAUGGAUCUUGUGACCAACAAAAAGGAUAUUGAAGACUUCUUAAAUCCGGAGCCUCAAGUUUUGUUGUCAGAGUUGAAUCAACGUAUGGCUCCACAAUUUUCAAAGCUAAAUAAAGCUCUAAUUGAACUGGUGGACGAAUAUAACAUGGUGAGUUUUGUGCCACUUGACUUGAGGAAAGAAAGCAGUAUAAGAUACGUGUUGGCUCAAAUUGAUAACUGCAUUCAGUACGGUGAAGAUGCAGAUGUGAAGAUUAAGGAUUUUGAUCCAGAGGAUGAUGAUUAAAUUUCAUUUCCUUUUCAAUUCAACUCUUGAGAUAGGAGGUUCUUUUUUUAUGUUUGUAUGUGCACGAAAAUCAAAUCAGACAUUGAAUCUCUUGAGUUUCAACUCAAUAUAUACAAAUGUUUAUGUGAAAGUGUUAAUACAACCUUUUUUUCUCUCCUUUUAUUUCUGGUGAA